GUACGUUUAGAUAAACAGUCUAGUUUUAAAAAAGACAAUAUGACAGUCGCGUGGAAAAAAAGAUGUGACAAUAACCAUUUGGGUCACUUUUUCGUGGAUUAUAUGCGGAAAAACGGCAAUGCUAUUUGUCAGAUAGACGCAGCGACAGGAGAAGAGGAAUCAUGUGCCUCGGUACUGUCCCGAAGCAUUCGGCUGGCGCAAUGCUUCGGGAAGCUCGGAUUGGUACCGGGCGAUACCAUGGUGAUAGGCGGAAGGAACCAUCUUGACGUACAUAUACCUUUUUAUGCUGGUAUGAUAAGCGGGCUACCCGUAUCUGGUAUUGAUCCCGCUCUUAAAAGUAACGAAUUGAAAUGUUAUUUCAACAUAGUGAAGCCAAAAAUAGCUUUUUGUGAAAAUGCUAUGUAUGAAGAGUACAAACAUACAAUUCAAGAAGAGGGUCAUAAUACGAAAAUUGUGACAUUUGGUGCUGGCGAUAACUCACUGGAUAAACUUAUGGAGACUUACCAAGAUCUUCAGCCGCAAGAAGAAUUUCAGGUUGCUAUUUUUAAUACGGAUGAAGUUUACUGCUGGCUGGCCAGUACGAGUGGUAGCACUGGGCGGCCAAAAGUAGUGGCCCUAACGCACUCUCACUUACUACAGAUGCUUGAUUUCUUCCGAAUCCCACCGGCCAAGAAUGGCUUACGCAGAACAGCUCUGAACCUGUCAACUUUACACUGGUUGUCGGGCUUGUUCAACGCUUUGCUGAUGCCAAUCCACCAUAUCAAAGUUCAGACGUCUACUCCUGUGACCACGGAACUUGUCAUUGAUAUCAUCAAUAAGUAUAAGCCAGCAGGAACGUUGUUCACCCCGACUCUUAUAGCGCCUGUGUUGCACCACGAGAAUCAUUGCGACCUGACAUGCUUCGACAUAUUAAAGAUAGGAGGCAGCAAAAUACACAGUGAACUGCUUAGUAGCCUAAAGGCCAGGUUGCGCGAAGACACUGUUAUUUAUCUUGCUUACGGCCAGACCGAGAUCGGUGGAUUAUCCUUGGAGUCAUUUUCGGAGGAAUCUUUGACUGUUGCAAAUGUUAUUGGAACUAAUGAACCAAAAUUUGAAAUUAAGAUUGUAUCUCCAGAAACUGGGAAAGAGAUAUUGGAACCAAACGUCACCGGGGAAUUACAUGUUCGAGGUCCCAGAAUGGCCUGUUAUUACAACGAUCCUAAAGAGACAGAAAGCGUGUUUACUGAGGAUGGAUUUUUGAAAACCGGGGACUUGUUCUACAAAACUGAACACGGCCGCUAUGUUUUUGUUGAACGACUUAAAAUGCUUUUGAAAUACAAGAAUUAUCAGGUGAUCCCUCCAGAAGUAGAAAAGGUGAUAUUGACGCACCCAGGCGUUGCUGAUGUGUGCGUGACAGGCGUCCCACACCCAGACGACGGUGAACACAUAGUUGCAUGUGUGGUACGGAGACCGGGGUACCACAUCAGCGCUGGCGACAUUAAGGAACUCGUUGCUAAACACCUAUCACCGUCUAAACACUUACACGGAGGCGUUGUGUUCCUUGAUACUCUGCCGACGACCGCGUCUGGCAAGGUUGCUCGACUACAAGUGAAGAAACUGGUCCUUUCUGCAAACAGGGAGUGAUAUUAUUUACCGGCUGUUUCCUGUAACAUUAGGCAAAUAGUUAAAAUAGAGAUUGAACACCUAAACACGGAUGCUUUUGUUCAAAAACUUUAAAAGUAACUCAGGAGAAGGGGGAAUUUAGGAUAUUUUUUAAAGUCGCUUUAAAGACCGAGGUUAUUGUAAUUAACAUAAUUGAAAUGAGUGUUAUGA